UAGAUCUGCUCGGGGACUCCUAUCCUGGAUUUUCCAGAUGAAUCCAGAGGAUCGGCCCACUUUAGAGCAGAUUCUGGAACAUAAGUUUUUCACCAAGGGCUUCACUCCUGAUGCACUGCCAUCUGAAAGCCAUAACAGGGUGCCAAAGUUUGAAUCUGUGAACCCUGUGAAGAGAUUCUUCACAAGGCUGUUCCAGUGUGUUUGCAGAAAGAGAUCCACAGCUGAUAUCCCUAGAUGCGAACAGCAGGGAGAACAGCAGGACGAACAGCAGGACUUUUACAUUCAACAAAAGUCCAGCCUGUGGAGCCAAGUGCCUAUUGACAUGUUUUUUUUGUUUUAAAUAAAUCUGUGUGAUUUUUACAUUGUA